CUAAUGAAUGCCACUGACACCAUCUCUAACACAUUAUUAUAUAUAAGAAUGAAAAAUAAAAAAACGAAGGACAACAUUUCGAACUUUUGAUGUGAUUAUUUAAUUGUUUUGGGGCACAAUAAUUACAUUUGAUACAACUGAUUCUGAUCAAUCGUUUUUAUUGAUGAACACACACACACACACACACCUUUACAGUGAUGUAUUCAUGAACAUAUUAACACAAUUCCAGAAUUCAACGUGCAUUUGCUAUUUCAAAAUAUGAAUAAAAAAACGUAACUUUCAUUAAUGUUGUAGUGCUUCAUUAAUGUUGUUGUAUUUUUGAAUUUGCAAUUGUGUUUCGUUAUUGUUGUUGUGUUUUCGAUUUUGUUGAGGUGGUUUGCACCUCAGGGCCACCGUAGGAUUAUACUCUGCGGGUCAAAAACUGUAGCUGCAAAAACGCUUCUUUCCUAACAUUCAUCUGGCUUCAGACUAUUUGAAAUGCUCUUAAUGCACAAUUAGACAUUGUACAUAUAUUAUUUAUUUUUUAAAAAAAGUAAUAAUCUCAGUUUUUGUAUUUGCAGUCUUUGUUUUAUGCUGGCCUUACCUUUGUUACAGUUCUCUUUAAUCUGUGUCAAUUUUGAUGCAUAUUCUUACAUAUUUAAAACAAAUAUUUUUGGCAGUAAUCUGCAAUUCACUAUGUGUCGUGGCUCAAAUGUGAUCUUGAACGCUAUUUUGUCUUAGCUUUAUUCAGGCCUGAGUGAACUCCAACUGCUGCAUACAAGACUAAAAAGCCUAAAAGUUUCAGAGCAUUGGCCUGUGAAAUGUGACAUUUUAGAAUUUUAUUGAAAAGUUCAUUUCAAUGCUGUGCAGUAAAAAUGCAACAUAUUGCAUUUUUACACAUCUGAAAUACAGAAAUGUAGGGUGAAUAGUGCUAGGAGCUACACAACCAAAGGGAAGACUGCUGUUUUAAUAGUUGCCCAGCAGACAUACACUAAUACUAAAGGAUGGUAAGCCACAAAAUGAUCUGAUAAACUGUUUGUUGUCUACAUUUUUAUUGAUUUCCUACAGCCUUUUAUGUUCACUUCAUAAAUCGAUUGCACUUGCUCCCCACUCGGGAGCGAGGGUCUAACUAUUUUAAGUUUGAAGAGUUGUUAAAUUGCAGCACUACAUUCCAUUACACAAUAACAUUGUCUGCUUUGAAUGGUGCAAGUCAUUCUUGUCUUGUGAUAAAUCAAUUAGUUCAGCUACUAAGUCAGUUUACUCUUCAAAUGCACCUGAAAAAAACCCCAUGAAGACCAACUGAGCCAUUAUAAUUCUCUUCACUUUACCAGAUGUACCAAAUAUUGCUUACAACAACAAUAACACGAGCCUUUAUAAUUCUGAUCCCCUGUAAUGAAUUUUGAACCCUGUGGACCCACGCGGAUUUUGGCGCAAUUCCUUCUUUUGAGAACCACAAUAACCUAAGAUAACAAUCUCGCACACGGCGCAUACUAUACAUCAGCCAUCUGAACGCUAUUAAACCCAGGUGAAAAGGAUGGGAAUGGUGUUUAUUGUUAUCUGUUUUCAAAAGCCCUUAUAACAGGUUGGAGCUUAAGACAGAUUGUGGAAAUCCGUUAAUUCCCUGAAAAAAAAAAAAAGGAGAUGUAUAGCCUUGUAUGAAAUCACAGGAUUUGCUGGGAGGGAGAUGAAUUUAACCAGUAAUAGCUUUACCUCCGCUGUGCACAUUGUCAGCGAAGUCAAACUGAAAAGACUGCAACACAAAGAUAAGACACAGGAUGUAUGAUUCUGACUAUAAACCACAUUGAUGGAUAUAUUCCCAUAAAACUGCACCUUUGUUGCAUCUUUAUUCAGAUGUCACCCACUCAUCCAUUAUGGGUUGCUAAAUGUCAGCUAGGAGUUUCAGAGCAAAUCUACAAAUGAAUACAAGAUCAUUUGUCAUUAAAACUGAGCAUAAGAAGCAAUAUGAAAUUAAUUCAAAGGCUAAUCCUUAAAUUUAUCAUACACAAGCAUGAGACCACACCAAAGGUGUCCAUCUAUAAGUCCAGGUUUCUAAUACCAAGCAAUCCCCUUUGCUCUAAAACCUCAACAAUGAGGAUUUUAGGAGCUCUCCACUUUUCAUUUUAUGCAGUGAAAUCUGAUUUCGCUUGAAGAAAGGAAUGAGGCGAGAUUAGCCGAAUCUGCCGUCCUCCCUAACCUCUUCACAAAACUGCCCAGAUUAGCUCAGAAUUAAGUUUCAACCGUUUUAUGUGUCUGGUCCACAGGGGGAUUAUAGUUUUACUUCCAUCUUUUUUUUUUCUUUUUUUUUUUUGCCUAUAAGGUCCAGACUUGCUCUUGUAGAAGGAGAAGAAGCAGAGGAGCCACUGAGGGGGACGUAUCACAGAGAGUUACAGGCCUCUAUCUGGUUAUCACUACUGCUUUUGAGCUCAAGGAAUUUCCUUAAAAAAUGGACAGACACAUCAAGAUGGAAAGACAAAAGUUUCCGUUCACCAUUGAGAACAUUCUGAACAAAUAUCCUAGCAGUAUUGGAGACAAACAACCAUGUGGAACAGGGGUUUUUGGACUGAAGGAGAAGAUGGUUUGUCCUGAGCCUGUUCAUCACACCUGCUUGUGCUGCUGUUUCUGUUCCCACUGCGCUGACAUGCUGCACUCUGAUCUCAUCCAUGACGCCUGUCAGUACGGAUGGAACCGAGCAGCUAUGAUCUCAGAGACGUGCCGGCUGGGGGAGGCUCAAAGGGAGGAGCAGCAGCCUAAGGUCGGCCAGGUGCAGAGGCGAACCAGGCGUCACCGUACAAUUUUCACCGAAGAACAGCUGGAUGCACUGGAGGAACUGUUCCUGCAGAACCAGUAUCCCGAUGUAAACGCGCGAGAGAAACUUGCACAGCAAACUAACUUAAGAGAAGAAAGAGUAGAAGUUUGGUUUAAAAACCGAAGAGCAAAAUGGAGACGUCAGAAAAGAUUGUCAUUUGUAGUCGGAAACACUGAAAACUAAUUCCUUUCAUAUAGAUUUACAGCAACAUGGAAAUUUAUGGAGACCUUAAGUUAUUUUUUUUUGCUCAUGAGUCAAAUAAAUAACCAAAUUUAUGAACAAAAUGGAUCUAAUUGUGUCAUUUUGAUCAAACAAACCUGCAUGCAGAGAUAUACGCUUACCUUUUGACAUUUGAUAUUUGAUGGUUGUUCCAUAUAUCAAGAAUGGAGUAACUUUUUGUAAAACGGCUUCUUGUUAUGUGAUUAUGAUCUAAUAAAUACUUUCAUGACUUUA